UUGGCUCAAUGUUUGGUGCAGGAAUGGAGUGAUAUGUUUUCUGUGUGUGGAUGUCUAUGUUCUGUGACAGACGGACUACUUCCACCUGUUCCUGUGUGUCGCUAUCAUCGUGCUGUACGGCGAGGAUGUCACAGAGCAGCAGCUCGCUACAGAUCAAAUGCUGCUGCACUUUAGUAACCUCUCCAUGCACAUGAAUGGAGAGCUGGUGCUGAGGAAGGCACGUAGCCUGCUCUACCAGUUCCGCCUUCUUCCCAGAAUUCCCUGCAGCUUACACGACCUGUGUAAACUGUGCGGGCCAGGAAUGUGGGAUAGCCGUUACAUCCCGGCCAUAGAAUGUUCCGGAGAGCAUCCCGACUCUCAGAGCUGCCCCUAUGGAGGCACCGCCACUCCCGAGAGCCCACCCUUACCCAGCCCCAACCAGCCCAACGAGGGCAAGAGGGGCUCCAAGACACGAGACAUUUUCACUUUCCGCAAGCACUCCUGACUCGAGCACACCUCAGGAACGUCGAUACCCAUAAGGCUUAGCCUCUGAGCCGCAUUUCAGGUCUCCAUUGUGUUUUACUCAACAUCUGGUAUGAAUCACUGCCUUGUGCAUAAAUGAUACCAAUGUUGACAACCUCUUUUGGAGGUUGAGGAACUUCAUCAACUUGUGUUUCAUCAAUAAUUCACAGGUACAAUUAUCACAAACAAUCAAGACUAAGUCUUCAUCUAUCAUUAAGUCACAUCUUGCGGGCUGACAUCUCAGAAUUUUUUUUUUGGCUUUUUUUUUAUAUCGACAAUGUAUGCAUGUAUUAAUGUAUGUGUGUGGUUUGUUACCACAGUCGAAGUACAUUUGUGUUUAUUCUGUUUAUUCGCAUAUAUUUGUUCCUUUUUUGUGCAAUUCUCAACUAUGAAUCAAACUGUCAGCCAAUAUGAAGUGGGAUACUGUUAUCAGUGGCUCUCUGACAUCAAAACAUUGUUUUAUGAUCAUCUAUGCCUUUCAUAUCCUCACAAUAAAUAUUAUGAUAUAUAGAUGAGAAGAUCAUCUUCUUAUCACGAGUCCUUGAAGAUCUUGAAGUCAAUGUGAAAUCAAAAUUUAUGCUAUUAUGUGACUUUUUUUUUCCAACAUUAUGCCACACCAUGUGGCAUAAUGUUGGGGAAAAAAAGUCAGAUGUAUUUGUAAUCAGUUUGAAAGUUGAAAUUUCUGAUCUAAGACCUUUAUUGAAUGCAUGCCAUUAUAAUGAGAGCAAGUGUCCCAAUUCAGAGGCUGCAUCCUUCGAAGGCUGCAUUCAUUGAAGACCCAAUGCAUCACAGUGGGCCACACGUCCUGCCGAUUUAGUUUUACCGGGUUUAUUAUUUUAAAAUAAGGUAAAUACAUUAGAAUGUCAAUAAAUGUACCAA